AUGACUUCUGAGUUUUAUUUUUUCGAUCAAUAUUCACAUGCAUCACAUAUUGGUGGUAUUUAUCGAUCUAAACGAGAUUCAAAAGAAUUAAAUCAAGCUUUAUAUCAUGCUAAAAUAGCAUUAUCUAUUGCGGAUGAGAAUUCAGACAAAACAGAAACUGAUAUAUCUACUACACUUAAAAAACAAACAAAUCAAACAACUAGUGAUACUAUUUUACAAACAAUGAUACGUAAAUCAAAAACACCGAUUAUACCUGAAAUUUUAAUCGAUGAAUUAGAUAGAAAUAUACAAAUUUUCGAUAAUAAAUCUACUAGAACAACUUCAUUAUCAUCUAUUCCAUCAAAAUCUCGUCAAACUUCAAUUAUUGCUAGUGAGCAGCAUAUCAAUCAUGAAGAUGAAUUAAUUAAUUCAACAACAAAUUUACCUAAAGUAUCUUUACCCAGUUUAUUAAUUGCUCAAUUAAAUUCAACAUGGUCUGAUCUAAUUCAAAAUACAGAAUACGAAUACAAAAUGUGGCAUACAAAAGCUGGUAAAGAAGCAUGGCAUCAAUAUGUUCAACGAAAACAUUCACAACCAAUAGUUCGUAAAAAACAACAAAGCAUCACUGAUAAUAAAUUGAUAUUUCGUCCUCAAACAAGUUCACGUGUAAAUCCUUUAUCAUUAACAAAUCUCUCUCAUCGACAAUCCUUGAAAACAAAUUCAAAAAUACGAUGUAAUCGAUCAUUAUCACGUGCAUCUGUAAGUGCAAGUAAUGCAUCACAAGAUAAUCAACGUUCAUUUAAAACAACUAAUCAGGGAGCUUCAGAAAAUGUAAUUGAAUCAAUUAAAAAUGGUAUACAUGUUGAAUUUAAAUUAUCAACACAAAUGAAUGAAACACAUCAAUUAGAUGAACAAAACAUUGCAUUAUUCGAUGUACCAAAACUUCAGAACAAUUUUGAUGAAGAUAUAAUUGCUUUAACUCAAAACAGAUGUAAACGUUUGUUAGCUGAAACAAAACAAAAAAUACUUGCAACAACUAAUCAUCAAGAUAUAAAACAUCAAAAACUAUGUCAUAUUUGGUUUUAUGAAGAUAAUCAACAUAAUCGAAAUAAAAAUAAGUUUUUUUCAUUAAAUGAAUACAAUCGACGAUCAAAAUCCAAAUUUGCACUCGCAAUUUUACGACAUGAAAUUCCAGAAAAAUACAAUAUUAAUAUUGAUAUACCUGAAACAAAACAUAAAUCUUAUCUCGAAUUAGUAGAUGGUUCAUGUCAGAUAUAUUAUCCAUCUGGUCGUUUAGCUGUCUUAUGUAUUCGAUCAUCAUAUUCUACAACACUUUUUUUCAAUGAUACAAAUUCAAUAGGAAAUCAAUUUCUUGGUCUUGUUACAUCAACUGGUAAUGUACUAUUAAUGCAACCAAAAUUUCAUGCUCAUUUCAUUACUGAUAAUCAACAUCAAUGUUCUUAUUUAUGUAAUGGUAAAACGGGUAUUAUAGAAAAACAAUUUCAAUGGCAUUUAACAAAUAAUUCUGAAAUACAAUCUAUUUCAAAUGAUAUUAAUCUAUCAUUAAUUGAUAAUACUAUACAAUUACAAUUAAAUUCAUUUAUGCAACUUGAAUAUCAUAAUUCAUCGAAUAUAGAUUUUGCAUUUACAUGUCAAAAUGAAAAAUUUCAUUUUCAAUUAGGUAUUCAUUUACCAAUACAAUCAUUAAUACCAAAAAAUUUAAUAACAUCAACAACAACUUCAAUAAAAAAAAAUUCUCAAGAUAAAAAAAUUCAAACACCAACAACAAAAAGAACGAAUUCAAUAAGUUCAAAUGAUACAUUAAAUAUUUUAGAAAAACAACAUCAACAACUUUAUUUUCAUCAAUUACCAAUGAUUCAAGAAUUAAUUCUAUUAAGAAAACGUAUUGAAAAUAUUUGUCAUAGUUGGCUUAAACAAUAUCGAACAGUCUUAGGUAUUAUGGAUAUAGAUGCUUAUUGUUUACCUGAUUUACCAGUAGAAUCACGUCCACAACCUAACUCAACACAAAAAAAACAGAAAAUUGAUAAUAUUAAUCGUAGUAAAAGUGCUCAACAAUUCCAACAUACUCCAAUAAUAACAAAACGAUCUUUAACUAAGAAUAAUUUUAUUCAAUCAUCAAUUGAUAGACAACAAUUUUUACAAACACAUUCAGAAGAAAAAUUGGAAUUGAAUGUUAUAGAAAAUGUAAUUGAACAAUUUGUACCUCAUUCAGAUGUUGGUCGCAUAAUCAAACAACGACUUUGUACAAAUGAUAAAAUAAUGUCAACUAUUUUACCAAUUAUUAAAUAA